ACGCUUGAGUGUCAGGAAGGCUUUGAACUAUGCGCUGCCAGCCCCGAGGUCGAGGUUGUUGAAGGUCGUCCUGCAUGGCUCGAAUCUGCGGGAAAUCUCAUUCCCGUAGCAAAAAUAAACGAGCAAUUACGCCUUCACUUCAAUGCCUUCCGAGAAAACAGGUCAGCUUGUCCUGAUAGAAGGGCUUGGUUGCACCCAACUUGGGUGGAUUUUGAUCAAACGGGUAAUCUAGAAAGGGAGCAAUGA